GUUGUUUCAGUGGUUAAUUUGUGUCGUCUUAAGGUCGUCGAUUUUUUCUCUCUCAAUGAAAUUUUUCGCCACCAAAGCUCCGAACGAGGAAGUUUCACUGACAAACAGAGUGUUUUUCAACCCAAAGGAUUUUAAUGAGAAACUAAACUGUGUUGCUAUCCAUACAGCUGCUGAGAAAUACAUCUUCCGUGGUGGCCCACAUGAAGGUGUGCCACAAGGGAAAGUCGCCUUUGGAUUGGCCCAGCGUAAAUGGGGAAAUAUAUCGUUGGAUGAACCGCUUGAUGUUCAACCGCAUACAUUCAAUUUAGCUCGUGAAUGUCUCGGCUCUGCAGUGUUGGCUGUAGACUUCAAUAAUAAGAAGAUGUCUACAAGUGAACCACUGGAUUCAGAUCGAAUGGCUUUAGAGUUUAGCAUGCAAUUUGCUGAUACACCAUUGACUGUUGGACAACUGAUCUUAUUUCGAUUUAAUAAGAAAUUAUUCCAAAUUGAAGUGAAAAAGUUGUCAAGAUACACAACCAAAGCUUUAUCCAUGGAUGGUGGUGAUAUGGACAAUAGUAAAAUAGGCAUGCUGACUGGGAAUACAGUGAUACGAUGGGAGCGUCAACCAGAUUCAAAGUUACUGCUAAUUGGUAAAGCUGCACUGGAUGGUGAUGGGGCCAGUGCUCUUGGUGGUGGCGGUGGUUACCAGAGCAUCAUCAAUCCUAACUGGGAUUUUAAUCAAAUGGGUAUCGGUGGAUUGGAUAAAGAAUUCUCAGCUAUAUUCCGAAGGACUUUUGCUUCAAGAAUGUUUCCACCAGCUGUUGGAAAACAACUUGGCUUAAAACAUGUUCGUGGUAUCCUUUUGUACGGUCCACCUGGUACCGGGAAAACAUUAAUGGCACGACAAAUUGGUAAAAUGCUGAAUGCACGUGAACCAAAAAUUGUCAAUGGUCCAAGUAUAUUAGAUAAGUAUGUCGGUGAAUCUGAGGCGAAUAUUCGCAAGUUAUUCGCUGAUGCUGAAGAAGAAGAAAAACGUAUGGGUGCACAUUCUGCUUUGCAUAUUAUUAUAUUUGAUGAAAUUGAUGCAAUUUGUAAAUCACGUGGAUCUACAGCUGGUGGUGCUGGCGUGCAUGAUACAGUGGUGAAUCAACUUUUAACUAAAAUGGAUGGAGUUGAACAAUUGAAUAAUAUACUGGUCAUUGGUAUGACUAAUCGUCGUGAUAUGAUUGAUGAAGCACUUUUAAGACCUGGACGUUUUGAGAUGCAAAUGGAAAUCUCCUUACCAGACGAAGAUGGUCGACUGCAGAUUCUAAAUAUACACACUGCAAAAAUGCAACAAUCUGGAAAAUUGGCUCGUGAUGUCGACUUGAAGGAGUUGGCUGUAAAGACCAAGAAUUUCAGUGGUGCUGAAAUUGAGGGCCUAUGUCGAGCUGCUGCAUUUACAUCUAUGUAUCAGUUAAUUAGUCCAUCUGGAAAGACUCAGCUGGAUCCUGAUGCAUUUGAUCGAUUACUGGUGAAACGUGCUGAUUUCCUGUAUGCAUUAGAACAUGAUAUUAAACCGGCAUUUGGUGUAUCUGAAGAAGAACUCAGUUGUUAUUCACCACGUGGUAUAAUGAUGUGGGGUGAAACUGUCUCGCAGGCAUUGGAUAUGGGUCGGCUGGCAGUAUCAGCUGUAAAAGAACCUGAUGUUGAAACGUAUCGACCGUUAACUCUACUCCUUGAAGGUCCACCGAAAGCUGGUAAAACUGCACUGGCUGUUGAAAUUGCCCGGCUGUCUGGAUUUCCAUUCAUCAAAAUUGUUACAUCGCAUAAAAUGAUCGGAUUUACUGAAAUGGCUAAGUGUGCUGCAAUGAAAAAGAUUUUUGAUGAUGGUGCAAAAUCCCCGUUGAGUGUAAUCAUUGUGGAUAAUAUUGAAGGUCUGAUCGAGUAUAAUCCAGUUGGUCCAAGAUUUUCUAAUUUUAUGGUUCAAGCAAUUCGUGACUUGGUAUCUCAGCCAUUAAAAGCGGGUCGACGUAUGCUUGUACUGGCUACAACAAGUUGUCGUGAAGCCUUGACGGAUCAAAAUCUUACACAAGCCUUUUCAUGGCAUGUUCAUAUUGGUAUGCUGUCACGAGCUAAGCAUAUUGCUGCUGCUUUGGAAGAAGAUGCACGCUUCACGGUGAAAGAACAACAAAUUAUUGAAAAAUCUCUUGCUGGUCGACACUUAUGCAUUGGAAUUAAACAUCUACUUGAUUUGAUUGACUUGGUUUCAAAGAAUGAUGCUGAUCAUCGUGUUGCUGCAUUUCUUGCCAAGUUGGAAGAAGUUGGUAUUGUCGAUGAAUAAGACCUUCUUUCUAUUUAUCUAUCUAUCUUUCUAUUCAUACGUACAUACAUACAUAUAUGUAAUAUUUAUCUUUAUACAUCAUGUCAUAAAGGUUGUGUUAUAUUAUGAAAUAUCUUUUGAAUACAAAUCAUUCCUAUCUUCUAUAUUUACCUAUUUAUUUAUUUAUUCGUCCACUAUAUGGAAUUUUGUGUCCACAGCACGCAAUAUUCUCUCUUUUUUCCUCUGCAUUGAUGCUACUUAUCCUCAUAAAUGACAAUGAAAAGCAUAACACAUUCCAUGAUGGGAUAAUUGACUACACUAUACUCUGACAGCUUCCGCUCAACAACACCUUACUCUCUGUCUCCCUCAGGCGCGCGCGCGCGCACGCACUCUCCCUCUCUCUCUUUCUUCAUCAUCAAAUGCGUGUUUUCUAAUUAUUUAUUUAUUUAUUUAAAGGUGAGUUAUUAUAGCGAGAAAUUCAUUCAUUCAUACGCACCAUGGUAUUUCCUUCUUCAACGUAUGCUUGCUCAAAGGCAUUUUUAUCUAUCUAUCUACCUAUCUAUAUAUAUAUAUAUAUAUAUACAACAACGUCGCUCAUUGAAUAGAGAAGGGUAUGUGUGAAAGGGAGAGGGGGGAAGCUGGGACGUUUCUGAGUGUCGUUGUUUUAUAGAGUGGGAUUCAUGUACUGCUCAAUUUAUUUAUUUAUUGACAUACAUGGCUUUCCUCUUCUUCCUCUCCAUCUGCUUUCUCUCCUUCUUCAAAUCAACUACGCACCACUGCUCAUGCAUACACAUUUUAUUACGUAAUUUAUCCACCGUUGUGACAACAGUUAUUAUUGUUAUUAUUAUUAACGGCCUUUUUUAUUAUCAUUAUUUUUUAUUAUCCUCAUUCUCUUCUUCUUCUUCUACAUUGAAUUGGCUGUUUUGUAAUGUGUGGGUAUGUUUCUUUUCCUUCAAAGUCCCUUUUUAAUCGAAAUUCCUACUGUGAUGUGCGUGUGUGUGCAUGUGUCUGUUAUGAAUAGUAUAAUGUGAUAAAAUAUUUCCUUUACACACAAUUCUAUAAAAUACUGUUUUAUUUAUUUAUUUAUUUAUUUAUUAAUAAUUGUUUUCAAGAGUAGUUUGUAGGGAUUUGAUCUCUUUGAUAUAUCUGAUCACGGCUGUUUCGUCCUG